UGUUGCAUGUCUCUUAGGUCUGGAGUCCUCACGCCAUCAGCCAACUCUCGUUUUUCUCCCCGAUGGAGACUGUUGCUCCUAUGCAGACUAGUGAAGGAACGCGCUCUCUGGACACCAACGACGACCUUACAACUGAAGAAGCCAUCUCGCGGUCGUCACCGCUAGGCUCGCCAGCCUCAGUUGCAGUCUGCAACCUCCCUGGAUGCGGUAGCCCUGGCGGCGCUCCAGCAACAUCUGUCGAAGGGCAUGAACCUCGUCCACCUUGUUCUGCCGCAUUUACAGUCGACUCCUCUACUCUGGCUAGCACUGGCGACGACCUGUCCGCUCAAGACGAACUUCUACUGGAGGCAUUGACGGACGAUGCCCCAGUCUCCGAGGACGCUAGCAGUGAUCAACCAGAGACUCCCGUCAAGCCCGGCAGACGCAGACACCCGCGCGCCCGCGGCGGUAAGAAGGUCCAGGCAGCGAAGGCACGCAAGAUCGCCCGACAAGCUGCGGAUGCUGCCGCCGCCGCCGCCAAAGCUGGUACGAACGUCUCGGGCUCUGUCACAGCGGACACAGCGACGGAUGCUGGCGAGUCAGAAGUUGAGGAGGUCGAUGUACCGCCGGCGACCUCUUUCGACGUACUGGCCAUCGUGUCUCAGCUGCCGUCGCCGGUGCUUUUGGAGGAUGGACCGUCGACUCUGGAGCUAGAGGAGGGCCGCCUAUUGUCGCCAUCACUGCAGUCUGAGGAGGCUCGUCCGCCGUCACAGUCGGGGCUUGAUGGAGUUGGCUCGCCGCCACCACCUAUGCUCGAGGAAGACCGCACGCUACCCACCUCGUCGCCCUUGCUUGCAGAGGACCCUAUAUCGCCGUCGUCGAAUUCUAAGCAAGACCAGCAACCAUCGGUGUGUGUCCGCGACACCAUCUCGUCUGACUUCAACGACCUCGACGACGGUCAGCAAGCGUACCAGGGAACGCAAGUCUGUCCCAAGCGGAAGCCUAGGCACCCUCUGAGGAUGGCUGUGAAGGCAGCUGUGGCCGCCGCGGUCGUCAAGCAGUCUCACUCGCUCAGGGCGUCUCGUAUUCUGGAGUGCAAGACUCGUUCGACGGCUAAUAAGCUAGAGCCGACUAUCGCUGGACCGCUAGACGUCUCGAGCUCUCCGUCUCCGUCUCUGACUAUGUCUGGAUUGGAUGCGUCCCCCUACGGCAAUGCUGCUCCGCCUGCGCCUUCUUCUCCCAUGCCUCAUCCUGAGAGCUGUCUGUCUCAGGGACCCGAACUAGGCUCGGAACAUUAUGCUCUUCUUCGUACGCUCUUUCCCUGUUCCGAGGCGGUACCGCACGAAGGCCAAGACAUUCGCCCCUCUUCACCUCAAGAUACACGCUCUGUGUCCUCGGGAACACUUGUUCCGCACGACCUGGACGUCGAUAGCGACACCACGAAGCCGGACAGCCUGGCAGAUGACCUCCUCGCGACACAUCGGGAGCUGAAGAGCCUCCGGGACACCGUGUCUUCCCUGCUGGUGCACAUGGACAUGAGCCUGCGCCAAUACCGUGCGUGUGAUGUGCGCGGUCCGGCGAGCCUUGUGGGGACGUGGACGCCGAGGGCGUCGACGCUAGGUUCAGAGGGCAGGCGGGGCGGGCAGCCGCCGGAGCUUGGCUCGCUGAUGGGGGGCCUGGAGAAGAUUUCCGUGCUCACGGUGCGUUUGGCGGCUGCUGUGCGGUCAGAGCUGGUUUGUGACUCAUAGUAGGGCUCGUAGGUGGUGGGCAUUGCACGUAGCAGUUCACGGGGACGAUCGGUACAUAGCUAUGCGUUUGACAUGGACUAUUAGAUAGUAUUCUUAUUCUCUUCUGGAUUUGUUCAGCACAGUGUCAUGGGUCUACAAGUUUUGUAA